AUGGAUGCCAUUACAGACUUCCUCCAUAAUGUACCGCAGCCUCUUCAGUGGGGUCUUGCUGGUAUUGGUGCUCUCUUCCUUGGAUCCAAGAUCUUGAGCUAUCUCCAGCUUGUCCUCAGCGCUUUCGUCCUUGGAGGAACCAACCUCCGCAAGUAUGGAAAGCCUGGAACUUGGGCUGUCAUCACCGGUGCCUCUGAUGGCCUCGGCAAAGAAUAUGCUCUGCAGCUCGCUGCCAAGGGCUUCAACCUCGUCCUCGUUUCCCGAACCCUCUCCAAGCUCGAUAGCCUCUCUGCCGAGAUUCAACAGAAGUACCCUGGAAAGGGUCUGCAGGUCAAGGUUCUUGAUAUGGACUUUUCCCAGAACAACGAUGCCGACUACGAACGUUUGAGCGAGCUUAUUUCUGGUCUUGAUGUUGGUAUUCUCAUCAACAACGUUGGUCAGAGUCACAGCAUCCCCGUUUCUUUCCUCGAGACCACCAAGGAGGAGCUCCAGAACAUUGUUACUAUCAACUGCAUUGGUACUCUCCGAGUUACUCAGGUCGUUGCUCCUAUUCUGAAGCAGCGAAAGCGCGGUCUUAUUCUUACCAUGGGAUCUUUCGGUGGCUGGACUCCUACUCCUCUCUUGGCGACAUACUCUGGUAGCAAGGCUUUCCUUCAGCAGUGGAGCAACGCUCUCUCCGCUGAGCUUGCCGAUGACAAUGUCGAUGUCUACCUUGUUCUGAGCCACCUUGUCACCACCGCCAUGAGCAAAGUCCGCCGCCCUAGUCUUCUUGUCCCCAACGCUCGCAACUUUGUCAAGGCUACCCUCGGCAAGAUUGGACUUGGUGGUUACCAGACCGCGCCUAACACUUAUACCCCUUGGUGGAGCCAUGCUUUCAUGCUGUGGUUCAUUGAGAACAUCCCUGGUGCUAAUGGUCCCAUCACUAUUUUCUUCAACAAAAGGAUGCACGAGGACAUUCGACGACGAGCUCUCCGCAAGGCUGCUCGCGAUGCUAAGAAGCAGUAA